AUGACCAUCAAAAAGGGUCAGUUUAAUUCCUCACUCUUCCAUUGCGAUUUCGGGCUCUGCUGCAAAGCAAUCAUUUGUCCCUGCCUUGUUGUCAACUCCACCCAGGCUCGACUCGACAAGAGCAAGAACGGCCUCCGAACUGGAACUGUUGCUCUUGGUGAACUUUCUGGACGAUACAAUUGGAUCUGGAUGCAACCUCUAUCUAAAUUUGUCACCUUUACUCCAAUGAUGGUCAACAACAUCAUGCCUACAAUCAACGCCAUUGGUUCAAUCCUGACUUCCAUCAUGCUCUUCAAGCAGCGAAAGGAAAUCAAGGAGAAAUACGGCAUCCCAAUGGCUUCCCCCGCCGUCGAAUUCCUCACCGUCUGGUUCUGCUCCUUGUGCGUUAUCGUCCAGCACGAACUCCAGACUCGACCACCAAAGACCAUCGUCCAGCCAAUCGCUGCUCAACCUAUGUAA